GCGCCACCGAGGCCGCGCCCCAGCGCUGCUCACGUGACCCCCGGCACGUGGUCCGGAGCGGGCGCGCGAGCCAUGUGGCCGGGCCUCGAGGCGUUGCCAUGGCGCUGGGCUGUCGGCGCGGCCCUGGGGCUCGGGCUGGCGCUAGAGGCGCUGGCGCUGCUGGUGCGCGGCUGGCGGCGGCGGCGGGGCCGGGCCCCGCGGCGCGAGGUGCUUUUCUUCCCGUCGCCGGUGACCUGCACCGCGGCGCUGCUGGGCGAGCCGGGCGCCGCGCCCUGCCCCUGCCCGCUGCCGCACGGCGACAGCCCGCUCGCCCGCCUGCUGCGCCGCCUGCUCUCGGCGCGCCGCUCGCUGGAGCUCUGCCUCUUCGCCUUCUCCAGCCCGCAGCUGGGCCGCGCCGUGCAGCUGCUGCACCGCCGGGGCGUGCGCGUGCGCCUCGUCACCGACUCCGACUACAUGGUGCUCCCCGGCUCGCAGAUCGGCCGCCUGCGGCAGGCGGGGAUUCAGGUGCGUCACGACCAGGAUAGUGGCUACAUGCAUCACAAAUUUGCUAUUAUAGACAAAAAGAUGCUCAUCACUGGUUCCCUCAACUGGACCACUCAAGCUAUCCAGAACAACCGUGAGAAUGUGCUGAUUGUGGAGGAUGCAGAGUAUGUGGAGCCAUUCCUGGCAGAGUUUGAAAGGAUUUGGGAAGAGUACAAUCCAGCUAAUUAUACAUUUUUCCCCACCAAAAAGGAACAGAAAUGACAGCUUUUUGGAGCUGGAAGGGUCCUUGACAAAUAGCAUUUUUCUAGCAAGCUUCUUUGUAUUUAAUUUUGUUAUAGCUACAAAGACUAUAGCAUCAUGCAAGGGUGAAGAGUUCUGUACUUUUCAGUGAUAACCUCACUGUGUACUAAAUGAAAGUGCAUCACUCUAAACUUCUUGGUAAGUAGUGGUGUAGUAGAAGGGCCAGCAUGGUCCCGCUGUAGUGCUGGAGCUCAGAAGACAAUGGCCACUGCCAUGCACUGGAAGAAGGCAAAGUUUGGAAUGUUUAAGAGUACUGGAUAUUUUGAUAGUGAAAUAGCCACUUACUGGUUACCGCUAGUGACAUUACAGACUGAGAUACUAUUUCUGGUAUGGCUGAUGGUUGCUGGGAAACUACUUGUUUAUUUCAUGCAUGGCAGUACGAGUGCAAAUCCUCAUCACUAGUUCUCAAAGAAUUGGGUAAGGGGGUUCUGCACAAAGCUAUAAUUCACACAUGGACUGAACUGGGUAUGUUACUUUAUUAGGAGUGGAAAGUGCCUUAGACAUUUAACCUUUAAAAUACGUAAGACGAGGUUUGUUAUGGAAAACUUGAUUGAGAGGUUAGGAAUUUUAAUAUUUAUUUUGAAUUUUGAUUAACCUCCCUCUAGUCUGUUCACUUUCUCAGUAGCUGCAGCGUAAUAGAAUCCUAGAAAAAGUGCCCUGGUGGGGCUGGAGAGUAGAUAUGGCAAUCUGCAGAAAAACAAUACAGGCUGGCCAUCGUAACAACCCAGGAGUGUGAGAGAAAUACUUGGAGUGCAAAGGGUUGAAAAACUGACUGUAGCUGAGUUGCUGCCCCUCAGGAAAAGGAACUGCAAAAGGAAACCCCAGUGCACGUAGGGGACAGGCUUCUUGCUCUGUUCAUAUACAAGAAAAGAAGUGUAACCCCAUCCAUAUCAAUUGCCCAAUGUGUCUUGGCAAUAGAGAAUAUAGAACACCACCAUUCCCAUUUUAAUCUUCAGGAUAGAUUGGCAGUUUUCCCCUGUGCAAGCCUCCCCUGCAUUUUCUUGCAGAUACUAGGUGUCAUCAUGUCCCUGCCCUCUUGGGAAGUGGGCUUUUAAUAUCAAUCAUCUACUGCCCUCCUCCAUUUAUGGUGGCAGUCUCCUAAAUGAAAUUCAGAGGUCAGGGUAGAUUCUUGACUUCCUGAAAACAAAACCGUUUCAUGUCUAGUGGAAAGCGGGUUACUGCUCUUGAAGAUGCUGUGUGACAGGCAACAGAAGCUGUUAUGCCUAUGCAGGUGUAAGCUCUCCCCUCAGGGGUUAAGAGGCCAGUUCAGUUUCCAUACCCGUUACAUCCUUGGCUCUUACUGAGAGCUCUUGCGGCGUUGACACAGACUAAGAAUGGCACACACUGAUUUGUUUUAGACAUAUCUGCCUAUACACUUGAAACAGUGACCUGGAACGUGAGAGGGUUCAUGUCCUUACCCUUAUAGUGAGGGUUUGAGUGUAAAACUAACUGCAGCAUAAAGUUUGUAAAGCAUCAAAUCUUGCAGUCCCAGUAACAGCCUUUGCCACAUACAGCUGUGGUGUUUGACUUGUUCUUGGUUGUAUCUAUUGGGUUUCCGGGAAACGGGGCGGGCAAAGCCCACCCCAUGCUAACGGAUCCCCCCCCCAGCCUAAGGGGAGGUUCCACAGGGCCUCAGAAACCCACUAAUUGCGGGGGACAACUAAUAAAAGAACAGGGACAGGAGUGCGGUCAAAGGGUCAUAAAAAACCAUUUUCCUAGGUAAUUGGCCCUCUUUUCUUGUCUCCAAGUUACUGUGGCUAUUUUUAUGUCUCACAGUUAAAUGUUAUUCCACACUUACAACUUCAGUUACAUGGGGUUUAAGAGCUUUACUACUGUACCAGUAAUUAACAGAAAACAAUGUUCAGCAUAGAGCUCAAGAGCUCUGGUAAUGUCAGCGGGGGGUCAUGUUAUGCAAAUAUAAUCGGCUAUUCUGAAUAUUCUGGGAAAUUAACCUUCCCCUCAUACUUUAAGGUAGGUUAAAUUUGGGGCACAAACUGAGUGAAUUUUGAUAGACACUUACAAGGCCAGGGGUUGUCUGUUUCCCCAUGUCUGGUUAAAAAUGGCUUAAUCUUUGUAAAAUAGGUGAAGUGCUGGAAGCCUCUACUGCUAAAAGUCCCACUAGUGUGUUGCCAAUGUCCUGUUAUAACAAGUGUAGUGAUUAGCGCUAUUAAGAACACCACAAAAUCCUCAUUGCCAUUUGUGGUAAGCCUAGGCCUGAGGCCCCGACCAGUAAAAGCAAACAGAGAUUAGUCUACCCCAGGGAUCGGCAACCUUUGGCACAUGUCCCCUCAGGGUAAGCACCCUGGCGGGCCAGUUUGUUUA